CAUCUGGGUCUUGGGUGGUUUCUGUUUUCCAUCACUCUCCAUUUCACUUUCAUCACCAACUUUGCUUGGAAAGUUCACACACAUUCUUCAAAUUUAGUCAUUCUCUGUGUUUUCUGGUACCGGAAUGUCACUUGAUCAUUGAACUCCUGAAACAACAACUACCAUCUGGUUCUGCUCAAGCCUAGAAAGAAAGACUAUGGACCAUAAGACAUGGCUUUGGAGGAAAAAGUCUUCUGAGAAGACAAUUGUUGCAGCUGACAAGGUCGACAUUUCCUUGAAACAUACUGAUGGAGAGGUACAGACACAUCCAGCAGAGAGGGGAUAUGAUACACCAGCGAAACACCUCAACGAGAAGCUUGCAUCAGUCCUCCUAGAUUGUCAUGCUAACAAUGACCUUGAGAUGAAAAAGGAAAAACUGCUGCAAGAAGCCAAUGCAGGUAGGGAAAAGGCAGAAGCAGAAGUAGUCUUCCUGAAGAAAGAAUUAGAUGAAGCUGUGAGGCACAGAGUAGAGGCAAAUGAAAAGUUAACACAUUCGGAUGCUGCACUGAAAAAAUGCAUGCAACAAUUAGAGUUUGUUCGAGAAGAGCAAGAGCGAAAGAUACGUGAUGCUAUCUUGAAAACAUCAUGUGAGCUUGAGAAGGCACAAAAAGCAUUAGAAGAGAAGUUGGUGGAGACAAGAAGAAGAGUCACGGAAUUAGCCAUUGAGAAUGCUCAUCUAAGUAAGGCCCUGCUAGUCAAAGAGGAGUUGAUUGAUGAUCAGCAUAAGCAGAAGCUGCAAGCAGAAGUUGAAUUUAGUACUCUAAUAGCUAGACUAGAUUCUGUGGAAAAGGAGAAUGCAUUUUUGAAAUAUGAGUUUCGUAUUCUAGAGAAGGAGCUUGAUAUCCGAAAUGAGGAGUUGGAAUACAGCCGUCAGUCAGUGGAUGCAGCACACAAGCAGCACUUGGCGAGUGUAAAGAAAAUCACAAAGUUGGAAUCCGAAUGUCAGAGGUUACGUCUGCUCUUGCGAAAGAGGCUGCCAGGUCCAGCUGCCAUGGUGAAACUGAAGAGUGAAGUAGAAAUGCUGGGAAGGGACCAACAGGUAGAGAUGAGAAAAAAGACAAAUUCCAAUAGAAGUUUGGUUGUAAGAGACUGCACCAUGGAAAACACUCCUGGAAUCCAAACUGAUAGUCUCAGUCACCUGAUAGAGCAGUUGCGCAAUGUGGAGGAAGAAAACAAGAUUCUUAAACAAAUAGCAACUAAUAAAAAUGCUGAACUUCAAUCUUCAAGGCUGAUGUAUUCUCGAACGUCAUCUAGACUGUCACAAGUUGAGGCUCAGCUCAAAGGGCUCUCUAAUGGUCAGAACAACUUAAUGGAGGUGGCCCAGUGUAGCACCAUAUCGAGUGAGCUAACUCCAAGAUCAGGUUUUGACAUCGUCAGUGAUAGUGGAGUAACCUCUUCCAGUUCAUGGGCUAAUGCUCUGAUUUCAGAACUGGAGCAUUUCAUAGAUGGAAACCACAAGAACCCACAAGAAAGCAAAGCAAUCAUAGUUCCAGAGAUGACAUUAAUGGAUGACUUUGUGGAAAUGGAGAAGUUGGCCUUAGUUUCAGUGGGACACGCUUCAGGUGGCAGACGUCAUCAAGUAUCAGGUGGUGAGGAAUUGGUUCCGGUAGCACCAGGCAAAUCUGGCUUCAGCGAAACAAAAGAAUUCUCAAAAGAUGUAGCAACUGAAAAACCUUUUGAUUGGCUUCAGGUUGUGCUGAAUGCUAUCUCAGAGCAACGACGUAUUUCAAAGCGAAGUCUAGAUGAACUCCUUGAGGACAUCAAGAUUGCUUUGGGUUAUACAAGUCAUCGAAGUGCCCGUGAUAUCAGCAAAAUGAAAAACUCAGUAGACAGUCCUAAAGACCCUCUUGUUAUCAGUGGUUUCCUAACCUGGAAUUCUCCAAACUCAUCUCCUCUCACAAGUUCAUUGAGUGGAGAUUCCACUGUGGUAAGCAAGGCAGAAGCAACAAAGAAGCAGGAGGUUCAGUUGAAUCUGAGUAACUCAAUCAGUAAAAUCAUUGAGCUGGUUGAAGGGAUCAACUUAACAUCUUCUAAUGCCUUAAGCAGUUGUUUUGAGAGGGAUCAAAGUCCAAGGGAAUUUGCAGAAGAUACAGACUACUUCAUCCAUGUUUUUCAAUGGAAAAGUUCUGAAUUAAGCACUGUUCUGCAACAAUUUGUUUGUACUUGCAACUUAUUCUUGAAUGGAGAAGCUGAUCUUGAAAAUUUUGCUAGAGAAAUCUCACAUACAUUAGACUGGAUUUUGAACAACUGUGUUACUCCUAAAGAUGCUUCAAGCACAAGGAAUAAGAUCCGGAGGCAUUUUGGUUGGAAUAAAUCACAAAGUGGAAAUGACAUUGUAGAUGGAGGGUGCAUGGAAUCCGUUAUUGAUCCUGUUUCUAAAUCAGCGCAUGACCAAAAUGACAAAUCUGCAAUAGAAGGUAUUCAGUUGCUGCAAGAAGAAAACAAGAGUUUAAAAGAUGCAUUGAAGAAAAUGGAGGCCAGGUUGGAAUCAGCAACAGAUAAGAGCAAGGCCUUGGCAGAAAAGCUUAAGGAAACAGAAGAAACUGUUGGAAGCUUACAAGCAGAACUGAAAAACUUGAAACACACUAAGGAAAUAAGUGAGGAUCAGAUUGAAAAUCAGAAAUCAAUUAACGAAGAUCUUGAUACCCAGCUCACAAUUGCCAAAGCUAAACUGAAUGAAGUCUUCCAGAGGUGCUCGUCUAUGGAAGUUGAACUGGAGUACAAAAAUAACUGUUGUGAAGAGCUAGAAGCAACAUGUCUUGAGCUUCAACUCCAGCUAGAGAGUGUUGCAAAAGAAACACCAAAGAUUGGAGGGAACCUAGAGGAAAAACAGCCUCAAAAUGGUUGGGAAAUUACUGCAGCUUCUGUGAAGCUGGCAGAGUGCCAAGAAACAAUUCUGAACCUGGGGAAGCAGUUAAAGGUGCUGGCCUCACCAAGAGAAGCAGCACUCUUCGACAGGGUUUUCUCUACCAGUGGUGCUGCAACCACCAUGAUUAAUAACAAGAGGUUAAACAAACACUUCUCCUUGCGUGACCAGAUGCUAGCAGAAGAUGGUGCUAAAGCAGAGAUUCUCAGGUCUCCCAAGGUUAAAGGAACUCUAAGCAUUGAAGAUGCAGAGAAACAAUCCCUUCCAGUUCCUGACCCCAGUAAUUGCAGUGCCUUGCAAUGUCCUAUUAUCCCUAUAAAUACAGUGGAAACACGUGUUGGCUCAAAGAAGGAAAUUGGUAAUGCUGCUGUUAUGUCCUUGGCUAUUGUGCCAAGUAAGAAGAAAGGAGUUGGAUUGCUGAGGAGGCUGCUGAUGAGAAGGAAGAAAGGUAUCGGCAAGGCAUGCCGAUGAAGAAAGAAAGUCCAAAUGGAUACUUGUUAUUAGAGAGAGUAAACGUAACAGGUGAAGCUAAUAUUCCAUGUGGUUUCUUUGCGUGGCGACUGGUGUUUCGAUAAUGGUGAGAUUUACUAGUUUGUCAGAAAAUUCAUAAAGAGAGAACAGGGAGGUGUGUAGUGCCUUUAGUGUGAUGUAUAUACGUGUGUUUUAGGGCAUUUGAAGACAGGAUUAUCAUUCAGAAAUUUGAGCAUAAAUUUUUCAACAUCAUAUACCAUUAGACUCAGCAAAAAUCAACUCGGCCCUAACCC